AUGACAGGGUACUCAGAGGAAUACACAUCUCAGUCUAUGAAGGGGUGCAGAGGAGAAAAACGAGUAUCAUUUCCCCCAGAUGAGGAGAUGGUGUCUGACUUUGUGGAAAUCAAGACUGCACUUCAAGAGGCUGAUGGUCUCACUCUGACCGAUAUAAUUCUGGCCUACAAGCAGAACUGUGAAAAACACCAUGUGAAACCAAGCACAAAGGCUCUUGAUCAAUUAAAGCAAAUUACUUGUGUUUCUGACAGAGCCAGGUAUCUUGACCUGUCAGGUGAACAGUUAGAUUAUUGCUCCUGUGAGUCACUUGAAGAGAUCCUGAAAUCAGUGCAAUUUGAUUUUAUCAGUCUGCAGGGUGCUGAGCUCGAGGAAAAUGGAGCAUCAUCUUUGCUGGAUAUGUUUUUGUACUAUGAAUCUGCUACACACCUUGAUGUGUCCUCAAACUCAGGCAUGGGGUUCUCAGGUUGGCUGUCACUUUCACACCUUCUCAGACAGAGUGGAUGCCUGUGGAGACUGGAUGCUUGCAACAUGCCCAUGGUGGACUACGCCGCGCAGGCCUUGUCAAAAGCCCUUCUCACCAGUAGGCUGACAGUGCUACACCUUGAAAACACCUGCCUGAGUGGCAAACCUCUCUUCACACUUGUUGGUGCUCUGAAAAGGAAUGCUGCUUUACAGGAGCUUUACAUCUCUGAUAACAACCUUAAUGGCUACCAGGAUUCCAUGCAACUCGGUGACCUCCUCAAAUACAACAGCACUCUUAGGUCCUUGGACCUAAGCAACAAUACCAUAUCUGACACAGGUUUGGAGGAGAUUUGUGAUGCACUGAGCAUCCAAAAGGCUGGUUUGAGAAUGCUGAUACUGAGUAACAAUCACAUCACUCAUCAUGGCAUGAUCCAUCUACAUAAUGUUCUGCCCUGCUUAAAAACGCUCGAAACGUUAAACCUUGGCAACAACAACCUUGAGAACAGAGGAAUUCACAUGUUAAAGGAGUCCCUAAUGAUCAAUCGCUCUUUAUUGCAACUUGGCCUAGCUUCCACAGGAAUUACAUGUGAGGGUGCUGUGACUUUGGCAGAGAUCCUUGCUGAAAAUCUACAGAUCCAACGUCUGGACGUACGGCACAACCAGGUGCUAGCUGGAGGGCUCAUGGCUCUAUCACUGGCCCUGAAGAUCAACCAUUCACUUAUCAGGCUGGACCUGGACCAGAAUGUCAAAGAGGAGAAGGAGGAGUUCCUGAUUGAAACGCAGAAAAUGCUACUGAGCAGGAUUUCAGAUCUGUGCGUAGUGAACGCAGUUGCCGCCAAGGGUACAGCUCUGCAGCCUGCUCCUCCAAGCCCACCCAACUGCAGCGAGACCACCUCGCAACCCCACCCAAACAGCUGA